CCAAUUGAAAGAUUGGACAUAUCUUUGACUAUCCCACACUUUUUCUACUCGGUGUUUUAAAUUUUAGGUAAUGAUUUUCACCAUCUCAGAUGUUUUUGUGAGGGUUGUACUUCGAAAUAACCACUCAAACUUUCUAUAUACUACAGAGAUCUUUCCUAACAUGUUUUUGUCUUACAAUGUUUAAAUGAACCAAUGUCCCAUUUAAUGAUAUCUGUUUGGGAGAUAUGACAAGUUUAAUUUCAUGCGAUCUGAUUGGUCGACAGCAAGUUUUAAUACCAUUUGAACUAAAAAGCCAAAUAGUUUUCCAGUAACUCAAUUGCUGACAGCCUAAAGAGUUGUUAUUCCGUAUUUUGUUUUUCAUGCUGAUGUGUCGGAAAUUACUUCUAGUAUUCAGACAUGUCAAUCAGCCAAGCUGACGCUGAUGAAGAAUGUCUAGUUUUUCCUGCAAUAACUAAAAAUUAUUCAGAAGUAAAAAAUACGGAUGGAUUAUCAGUGGAAUUAAACAAUACACCACCCAACACAAACUCCUUUUCUCGACCUCUACGUUCCACUUUAAAAACAAAAUUGAAGUUCGAAUCCGAAAAAAUAAAACAAACUGGUUUUAAUAACUCAGAAAGAAACAACAAACUAUACACAGUAACUACCAGAGGACAAAAAAACCCUGAUAGCUCAAUCCUUAUGAUUUAUAAAUUAGACGCUAUGGAGAAAAACGGUGCUAUGAAAAGCCAAUUCACAACCCUUAAAAAUGACAUGGAAGUAUGUGAUUCGGAUCAAACCACUCCAUGUGGAUCUAAAGAGCAUUUAAAGAGGCCUUCUAUACAACAGUUAAGAAAGUACUCGGUCGUGGAUCCGAAUACUCUUAAGUUUAUGGAAGAUCCAUCAAGAAAAUCAGGAGAUUAUGGAAUAUGCAGUGCCAUUUUAAUUACAAUUUCAUACUUAUUCAUAAUUAUUACAUUUCCUUUCUCGUUAUUUUUCUGUAUUAAAGUUGUAGCUGAAUAUGAAAGAGCAGUUAUAUUUCGAUUAGGACGAAUUCUGCCUAAAGGUGCUCGUGGACCAGGACUUUUCUUUAUUGCACCAUGUAUUGAUUCAAUUCGUAAAGUUGAUUUACGAACUGUAACAUUUGAUGUUCCGCCUCAAGAAGUCCUUACCAAAGAUUCAGUAACAGUAGCUGUAGACGCAGUAGUUUAUUAUCGUAUUUACAAUCCUGUCGUAGCUAUAACUAAUGUUGAAGAUGCCGAUCGAUCAACACGCCUACUAGCAGCAACUACAUUAAGAAAUGUUCUAGGUACGAAAAAUUUAGCUGAGAUUUUAUCUGAACGUGAAUCGAUUUCAACAUCUAUGCAGACAAUGCUUGAUGAUGCAACUGAUCCGUGGGGCGUGAAAGUAGAACGUGUUGAAGUAAAAGAUGUACGUUUACCUGUACAACUUCAAAGAGCUAUGGCCGCUGAAGCUGAGGCUACAAGAGAAGCACGUGCUAAGGUAAUUGCUGCAGAAGGUGAAGAAAAAUCCUCAGUUGCAUUAAAACAAGCUGCUGAUGUUAUUAAAACAUCACCAUUUGCAUUACAAUUACGUUAUUUACAAACAUUAAGUGCAAUUUCAGCUGAAAAAAAUUCCACAAUUAUAUUUCCCCUUCCAAUUGAUAUGUUAGUUAAUUUAUUUCAUCGAUAAAAUGACAUAAUCAAAUUAAUUUAAAUCAAAUCAGUAAAUUAAUAAACAAACAAACAAAUAAAAUAAACAUUCAUAUACAUGAUAAUAUAAAUAGUUCUCUCGUAUUAAAUUAAAAUUUUUAGAAAAAAAAGAAAAAGAGAAAGAAAGAAAAAAGAAGGUAAACGGUUUAUUAUGUGGAAUUCUGUAAACAAUCGAUUAAAUAAAUAUUUAUUCAAUUUUUUUUUCAAAAAUAUAAUUACGCGCAAUACAUGAAUGAAAUACAAUACAAUACAAUGUAUUUAAUCUUGAAUAAUAGAUUUCUCUAUAUCUUUAGUUAAAUGAAAAAUAAAUGAUGAAUUAUUGUUUAUUGUUUAUACAUUCUCUAUUACAUGAAAUUGAUAAUAAAAUUUGUGUGACUGUUAAUAAAAAGUUUUCCUUUUUUUCAAGAAAAAUAUUACAAUAUAACAAUAUGCCUUUUGGGUGUUUGCAAAUUGUUCUGUUAUUUUGUUUCCCAUUCUAUCUUUGGUUUUCUUUUUUUCUUUAUAUAUAUAUAUAUAUAUAUAU